UUCAAUUUUGACAACUGAAUGUUCAUUAAUCUCAAGUCCCUACUACUGGUGGAAUAGAGAAGAGCUUAGUGUGUGUCUGUUGGUGUUUUAGAUUAUGGCAUUUGAAGAGAAGGUUAAGAUAAGGAGCUACAACAGUCGAAUUGAUCGAGGUCGGGUGGAGGAUCUGGAGCGAAGAUGCGAGGUAGGGCCAGCACAGAGCGUUCUUCUCUUCACGGACACGAUGGGCGACCCCAUCUGUAGAAUCCGAAACAGUCCUCUCUACAAAAUGCUGGUGGCCGAGUUGAAUAACGAAUUGGUUGGUGUCAUUCAAGGUUCAAUAAAGUUGGUAACCUUCUCUACCCCAACCAGGAAUCGAGCCGUGGUGGGUUAUAUCUUGGGCCUCAGAGUUUCGCCUCAUCACAGACGAAAGGGCAUUGGUUUGAGCCUGGUGCGACGACUGGAAGAAUGGUUCAUUGCUAAUCACGUCGACUUCGCCUACAUGGCCACCGAGAAGGAUAAUGAAGCCUCGGUGAAACUCUUCACCGAGAAGCUUGGGUUUGUCAAAUUCAGAACUCCUUCGAUACUCGUUAACCCAGUGCAGUACCACGCAAUGCGUAUCUCACGGGAGGUAAAGGUUGUGAAGCUUAAGGUAGAAGAAGCUGAGUACCUGUACAGAAGAUUUAUGGGCUCCACCGAGUUCUUUCCUCAUGACAUAGACCGAAUCCUGAGGAACAAACUGAGCUUGGGUACGUGGGUCGCUUACCCGCGAGGCGAGUCGUGGGAUGAGUUGAGAUCAGCUGGGCUUGUCCCUUCUAGCUGGGCCAUGGUCAGUGUAUGGAACAGCGGAGGCAUAUUCAAGCUAAGGGUAGGCAAAGCACCUCUUUCUUGCCAUAUCUAUUCGAAGAGCUCGAGAAUGAUGGAUCGAAUCUUCCCCUGCCUGAGGAUACCGGCCCUGCCGGAUGUCUUCCACCCCUUUGGCUUCUAUUUCAUGUAUGGCAUGCAUGGAGAGGGUCGGAGGUCCGGCGAGUUGGUUCGUGCACUAUGCCGGUUUGUACAUAACAUGGCUACUGAAUGUAAGGAUUGUAAAGUAAUCGUAACGGAGGUAGGGGGUUGCGACGCAGUGAGACUUGAAGAAAUCCCACAUUGGAAAUUAUUGUCCUGUCCUGAAGACUUGUGGUGCAUAAAAGCGUUGAGAAAGGAAGAUCAACAUACUGUAAUGGGAUGGACAAAAACCCCAACCACAACUACAAGAGGAGUAGUCUUCGUCGACCCUAGAGAAGUUUGAUUUUUGAUGAUUAUUGAAUCCAAAGGGCAAAGGGGCCCUGCAACUACUACAACCCAACCCCCCACUCAGAUGUAAAAUCUGUAUGCCUGCAGUCCAUCUCCAUCCCAGACCCUCCUUAUGGUGCCUUGCUCUUGUUCCUUUCAAUUCCACGACAUAGAAUCUCUAGAGAUUUCCUUAAUUAGUCCGCCCUCAGUGGCUUUUCUCUGUUGUAUUCUCUCUCUCUCUCUCGUAGUCUCGUGACAUGAACCAGUCAGGCGUCUGGGAGUGGUGGUCCAUCUCUGGUGUGUCCCCGCUACAGUACAAAGUCCGAAAGGACCUACCCCUCGCAGCCUGCCAAGUCUGACUGGCAGUGUAACUUUGCAGUGCAAACUGCAAAGAGAAGAGAUGGGAUGCGAUUUACAAGGGAAGCGUAUAGCGCGCGAGAGACAAGGGAAAUAGCUAGCCCCUAGGGGUCCCCCCUUCUUCAGUGAGAAGAAUACAUACUGAGUAGUUGAGUAACUGAGUACCUCCUCCGCCUGGGCCUGGCGACUGGCUCGUCGUCUCGUCUGCUUUAUCGACGGGGGGAUUCGAUCAUCAUAC